GGGGCAAGAAUAAAAGCAUAAGCGCAUGAAGCGGUUGAAGCGGCCUAACGUCUUUCUUACACAAUGGACUGGAGUAUGGCGGAGAACGAAAAGGAGGGCACCCUGUAUUUUGCGGGAGCCUGCAGACCAAAUCCUGGGCAUGCGGGCAUUGCUUAUGUGCUUUACGACAGCCAUGGUUAUGUGGUGGACGAAUUCAACAGCCUCAUUGAUCCUUACCCUCUCUCCAGCAAUGCUGCACAUUACAGGGCGCUUAUUGACGGCCUCCGCAGCGCCUCCAACUUUGGCUUCACACACAUUGUGGCCUGCGGUCAUUUGGAGCUUAUAAGCAACCAGUUUAAUGGCCGCUGUGCAUGUCGAAAACCUAAUAUGCAAAGGUACCAGCGAAAGGUUCGGAAGAUUGGUUCAUUCUUUGAAGAUCUUCAAAUUCAGCAUGUCUCUGAAGAUGAAAACUCCUACACGCGCUCCCUCGUGCAGGAAUGCUUUAUGUAGCUUGCAUGCAAGCAUGGUGUUUUAUCAGAAAAUUUAGGGUUUUUUUGAGUUCUCUUCCCCCUUCUGGACUCCCCAGGAGCCCCCUAAUCGAUAAGGAAAUAGGAGGGGUUUUAGUUUUGACAGGACGAAACAGGAUGCAUUGGGGUGCUUGGCGGGUAUUCUAUGUGCUUAUUUGGUUUUAGGACUAGGGUUUUAUGGGUUAGGGUUUCUCAGAAUUUUAGACUUGGCAUUUUGUGUGUAUAUGGUUUUCUGACUUGCUCUAUAUAUAAUAUAUUUUAGUUUUUAGUUUU